UGCCCCAGGGGUGCAAUCGAAAAGAGCGUAUGUGUAUUUGUUUGUCUGCUCGCUCAAUAAACGUAAAAACGGAAAACGCAGCUCUGUGAUCUCUGUAUUCGCCAAUGCACAAUGCUCGCACUGUCCCAAGACGCAGCAACUUGAUAAAGGCAACAAGCAUUAAUUUGUUUAAUUUACAAAAAUGGAUGCAAUACUAGAGUGAACAGCAACGGCUCUCUAUCAUCAUGCCCAUAUCCUUGCAGGCCGCAGGUGGCCCUGUUGCGGUUCCGACUCCUUCUCCAGCUCCGGCCCCGUCUACUGUGCCGGCCACUCUCUCUGUUAGUUCGUCCGGCACCCAGAUGCUUCGUCCCCAGACACUGGCCGGUCCCGAGCGUGAGCCCAUCGAGUUCAACAUCAACUUGGUGGGCGCUCCGCCCGAGGUGGAGCAGCUGGUGGAGCAGAUCAAGAGCGUGGCCGAGCAGUUUCUUUACCACUGGAAGAGCUUUCCCAUUGUGCUGCCGCAGGCGCUGGCCAGCAGUGGGUUGAAUCUGACGGCCAGCAAUGCAACGAACAGCGUGAGCAGCCGCAAAACGCGUCCCAUCAAUCUGCGCGACCUAUUUAUAGCUCCUCCCUUCGACGAGCUGGACGCAGUGGCUUCCGAUGGGAGUGGCGAGCCACGCCGGCUGACAAGCGCCCAGCUGAAGACGCUGCGGGAAACUGGCUUGCAAAAGGAUAAAUAUGGAAAGCCGAAGAAAUUAACUUUGGAACAAUUGGAAACAAUACGUAAAAAUGGGGAGUUCGAUGUGCCUAGUCUGCAUUUUCCGGGCCAGGUCCACAAGUGGCGUCUGUCCCAGCUGCUCCAGAAGGGUAAGCUGCGCACCCAGGACUCCUUCUUGAGCGAUUUGGCCUUAGCUGCUCGGUUCGUGGUGGUCACCGCCCGAGCAAGGAUCUUCUCGCACUUCUUCUCCGUGGUGCAUGCAGUGCAUGGGCUUCUCAUGGCAUUCACCAAGCUCGCGGACAUGUUUAUCGGGGUGCCGGCUCUGUUGGCCCAUAACCUGGACUAUAAGAUCAAGGAGGAGCGAUGCCGCUUCCUCAUAGCCGAGUUGGUUUGUCGGCCCGAGUUCGAGGACUGCCUGGAUGGACUAUGCUCCUAUGUCCGUAAGAUGCUGCGUCGCGCCACCAUGGAAAAGUUUGACUUCAACAGCUGUGAGGUCAGCCAGCCCGUACCGUAUCUCUUCCUAACGCCCAAGGGUCAAGAGAUCGACUUGCGGCUCUUCUGUCGCGACAUUAUGCGCAAGGCCCUGCCCAUUCUCAUUGGCAUUUUGGAGCGGGAGACACGCGGCUGGUUCUUGCACUUCCGCGAGCGACUGAUCGCCGAGCUGCGGGCCAAAAAGCUGAACGACAAGGAGAUCGAGGAGGAGGUAAACGAGGCGGUGAUGAAGGAGUAUCUACAGCGGGUCUACAGCUCCAUCGUUUCUAAUGCCAAGCUGGCGGAGCUGGGCUCCGGAGUGCCCGAGCUGCUUGUGCAGCAGGCUCAGUCGGUGGUGAUUAUGUACAAGGCGGUGGACAAGGUGCAGCAGGAUAUCAAGCGCACCCGCGAGGACCACCAGAAGUGUUUGGCCAACGAUCACUCAGUGCUGUCGCGUGUGGCUCCCUGGCUGCGUUCGAAGCUGCGCCAUGCCGAGGAAAAUCGACUGCACAAGAGCGCCUGGUCGGCCCACGAGGAGGCCCUGAAGAUGUGCACCCAACACAAUCUUCAUCAGACGGCCUACUUUCUGUCCCGGGACCUGGCCUUUAUGAAGGAGCGCGAGCCAGUGCUGCUGAAGGAGCUGAAGAACGCCAAAACGCCCACGCGCAGCUUCCAGUGGGCGUGUCGCAUUUGGUCGCCGCAAUCGUGGAUCAUACGGCGCAACUUCCAGGGCCAGUCGGACGUGAUACCCACUGUGAUCAGCCAGCAUGCUACCAGCAUAGUCACCCCGCGCUCGGAUCCCAGCCAGCCGGUGUUCCUGGUCGAGAAGGAGAUCAUCCGCACCACCAGCACCCGCUGGCCGUUCUGGCGCCUGCUGAACAUGAUCCAGCGUAUCUGGUGCUGGUCCUGGAACAUGAUGUUCCUCCUGGGAAUCCUCGUGCCCUGGUGCAGUCCCCUGGGUCUGCGCGCUCUCUGCUGUGUGAAGCCGUUCAUGCCCGAUCUGGAGUUGUCGCAAAUUAAUGGCACUUUGUUCCCGCGUAAGACGAGCAUCACCCAGACGAUGGCCUCGCGACUCAUCGAGCUGUGGAGGCACAUAUCAAAGUCGCGCACUCACUUUGAAACGGAACCGGACACAGGCUUUAUUGGCAAGGGCUUGACACGCAACUUGAAUCGCACUUGGAACUAUUUCAUUAAGGGAUUCCUCGGAACGGUUGUCAUACUUUUCGCCUUCCCGUUGAUCUGCCUAGCCGCUAGCUUUCUGAGCAUUACGCUGGCAGUGACUGCUCCCCUGUGGAUUCCCGUGUUCGUUCUCCUGCUGCACAUCUAUAUGAUCCUGAUAUAUGACUUGGAUGCGCCGGACAACACGGGAAAUCGCUACUGCAUACUGCUGGAGGCCAUAGUUUGGAAUCUACUCAUACAGGGCUUGCUGCAGCCGCUGGCGGCGGUGCUGGUUGCUACAGUAAUCUGUCCCCUAGCAGCCGGAGUCGUAUUUAUAGUGGGCGUCGUUAGGUAUUCGCUUCGCAUUGUCUGGGACUCCCUCACGUACCAUUUGUUCAUCAAGAAGUGCGGGCGGGUGCCGGCUUCGGAUAGCAUUGCAGUGAAGCGAAUCGCUGGACCUGGACUGGCCUUGGACUACUACUUUAUCAUCCGGCCAGAGCAGGCUUUGGCCGCUUUAGAAGCUAAAAUGGAACUUGACGAGCUUCAGGCCUACCAGCAUGCCACUGAGCGGGUGGUACUGCAGCCGCAACAGGAUUUCCUGCAGUUCGUCGAGGCCUGCUUCGGUCCCUUUUCGGCCCAAAUCAGCAAGGCGGGUCCAUACUUAUCGCUGGACCGCGAGGCCCAAGAUCUGAUGAGCACCUUGCACGAAAAGCUGGAAAAGCGACGGCGGGAGCUGCAGACGGCGUUGACCACCCAGGUCAAGUCGCGAAUCAAGUUGAAUACCAAAGAACUAAAGAUUGCUAUACAACUGGCCGCCCAUAUUUUAGAGAAGUACUAUCCGUCUCAUGUAAUCGGCCGACUGUCGAUUAGCGAAGAAGAAUUCUGGGAUAACAAGGGUCUCACGGUGAAUGACUGGCCGGGACUGGCUGGCCUUAUUUACACCGACAUAUUUAGUUUAGAUUUUCUAACGCCAUUGACUGAACACGAUACCCAUUUUAAGCUAGAACCACAUGCCUCGCUCGACCUGAUGCGUUACACCGAGAUGGUUAAGAAUGCGACCGAUGUGAUUGGCUCCAAGGGGCUGGACCUACUGGGCAACGUCUAUGCCCCGCGAGGCAACGUCCAGGUGCAUUUACCCUUCCUCGAGGUGACGGCCUUCAAUCCACGCUCCCGCAUAACGCUCACCUUCCGGAAGCCCGAGAAGCGGGACAUGUCUGUGGGACUGACCACACCACGAGUGCGUGCCCAUCGGGCCCAGCAUGUGCCGAAGUCGCCGCAGGAGGCCCAGAAGCCCUGGCGUCCGUGGAAGCAGCAGUGCGGGGAAAAGAGCGUGACGGAAAAGCUACUCAUCCCGCUGCCUGUGCCGCAUCCCGUUCACAUUGCCAUUGCCAUUUACAAUCGCGACACAGAGCAGCCCAUCCCCCUGGACUCGGAGCUGGUGUGGGAAAUCCUCAAGUCGAUUGAGGAUUGUCAAGGCGGCGAUGCUAUGGCUGUUCAGGCUGUGGCGCGUUAUCGCGGAGCAGUUAUGGAGUCCAGCAACGAUUCGCUGGCCAGCAGCAGCAGCAUUGGCAGUACCCGGGACUCGGGCUCUGGCUCUGUUUCGGGCUCUGCCUUGGGAAAUGGCACUGAGACCUUGCCCUGCGGCAAUCGUGAGGUGUGCACGCAGGUCAAGGUAGAUGCUGAACCGGCUGCCAGCUCUUCCGGUUUCCAUUGGACUCUCAGCAAUUGGGGGGCAGCGCAAACCGCACGACGUCGAACCAACUCGAAUGUACGCGUGGAUCUGGCCAGUCCUGAGGAUAUAUCCCUGGAUACGGAUAGUUCGCGUGCUGUUUUUAACAACGCCUACGGCACAACUGUCUAGAAGGCUACCACUCACACACACACACACAAGUAUGAAAUAACCAACACUCAAACACAGCCGUAGAUUUAUGCGUGGAUGCUUGCUUUUUAAAACAAAAUUUGUAGGGCCCCUCGAAUAUGGUUUUGCUCGAAACGUAAAACUAUUUAGAACGUUUAUCUUUUUAUCAUCAGGAACAAUCCUGAAGAACACAUUAAGUCUCCUCUCUCCCUAAGCAGCCGCGCUAGUUAAGGAGAGUACUAUGAACAAAUUUAUCCAUCUAACUAUAUAUUUACAUACGCGUAUAUGAUAUACAUAUAUGAUUCGAUUGCCGAAUCGAAAUGCAACAAACUUCAAUCUAGUCGCAAGCAAAUUUUAUGCAGCAAUCUACAUAGCUCGACUUCUUAUUCGGCCAAUAAGAAAACAAACUAAACGCAGCAGCUCCAUGACAGCAGUUUCCGUUCAAAGUACACUUGCAUUGCAUUAACAAUAAAAAGCCAUGAGAUUUUUCUUUGUACCUUUUAACCAAUACAAGACCACAUUUAUGUUUAGCAAUUUGUAUUAUUAAAAUGACAAGGAUUGUACUACGAGCAGCGUAACCAGAUAUAUCGUUAAUUAAUGACUAAUUUAUUUAUAUGUAUACACGAACACUCAGCAGAAUACUAAUGGUUUAUCUACUCCAGUACUUUUUCUUCCAAAACUACUAAACGCAAAUAUUAAUUGUAGUUAAGAGAACAAUUAAAUAACAGCAUUAAACGAGGGCAGCCGCCAGAGUAAUUUUACAAAGAUAAAUAGGACAAAAGGAUAAAACAUUUUUACAUUUAUAUAUACACAACAAUAUUUAGAUCAUAUAACCGCAAAUGAAGCCUGUUGACAUUUCCAAAAUCAGCUUAGAUUCCAAUUCGACGUAGGGAUGGCAGAAAAUAUUGAUAUCGACAUAUAAAUCGAUCGUUGCGAUAAAUCAAUGUUCUAUUUGAUAUAUCGGACCUAUAUAAUCGAAGAAUGGACAACUUGGAUAAUAUAUUUCAAUAUUAUUCGAUAAUAUCGAUUUUUAACGUUAUACGCUAUAUUUUUCGAUUUUUAAAAUUUCCAUAAAUCAAAGCUUUACAUAUUUUAUAUAUGAAGUAUAUUUCUCGAUAUAACAAUUCGGACUUUUCCCUUCGAUAUACAUCCCUCAUUCGACCAGCUCCAUCCUCCCGCACCUCCAGUGCCCUUCCAGUAUUUAUCGUGCUGAAUUCCCUUGAGUAUAUACAUUUUCAACUGCCACGAUUGCAAGUAUUAUCCGCUCCGCGCACUCUGCCCAUUAAGAUGUUAAUUUUGAUAUCGCUUCGGCAGCUUCCAGUGUUACGUUUAAGCCUCUAACCGAUCUAUUUAUUAUUUGUGUCGAAUGUCGAAUUAAUGCAAACAGCAGCAACGGAACGAAUCUUUACAUACAAAUAUACAAAAACAUUUACAUAAAUAUGUGUAUGUAGUUAUACAAAUUAAACAGAGGAGAAGCAAAUCCUAACCAACGGUAAAUCUCAUGAAAAUGCAUUGAACAAUUUUAUGUAAAAUGUUUUCUUAUUAUUAAACAAAAGCAAACAAGAUGUAACAAUAAAUUAUGAAUGAAUGAUUAUGUGUGCUGGCUGCUUUUCAAGAGGCGUGUAGCUUGCACGCUGCUUUUAAAGUUGCCAGCACAAAAUUGUAGUUUAAAAUGUAAUAAUACAAAUGUUGGCUAAAAAUAA